ACGGAGGAAAAGGGGCAGAACACGCGGAACCUCUCACGUCCCAUUAAUCUGACAAGGAUGCUUGAGGUUUGAGAGCACUGCUGGAGCACUUCACUAAUAACGUCUGAGCCAGCUCCUCCUGCAUAGCUGAUAUUCCUCCCAGUCUGUGCAUCAUGUCCAGUGCUGGUCCAGCAUCACAGAAACCAGCCAAGCGCCAAAACACACGGCCCUAUGGUUCUAUCUCCAAAGGCCUCAAAGAAAUUCACAUCGAUGAACAUGUCAAGAUAGCGAUAAACCUCGCUCUGGAGAGGUUUCACUACAGUGAUGAAAAAGAGAUGGAAUUUCCCUCCUGCUUCUCCAGUACUGAGAGGGCUUUAGUUCAUCGAAUGGCACAGUCCCUGGGUUACAUUUCUAAGAGCAAAGGGAAAGAACCAAAUCGCUUCCUCACCAUCAGGAAGAGGAACGGUUCAGACAAACCCCGGCCUACUGUGCCCCUCACAGUCUCCCACAAUUCCUUAUAUUUCAUCCGCAGCCUACUUCAGAGGUUUCCUAUCAGCAAUAAGGAACACAUAGACAUGCAGCCCAACAACAAAAGUGGCAUGUCUGUUGCUGCAGAACCUGAUGGCAGUUGUGAGAGGAACAGGGCUAGCUGGGGCUUAAACAACGGUAUACCCAUGGUGCCUCGGAGAAGGAGUCCAUCAGAACUGGACAGUUUUCGAAGCUCCCUGCCUGUCCAUGAACGCCAGGAAGAGAUCAUCCAGCUCAUCAGAGAAAACAGGGUUGUGUUGGUGGUUGGAGAGACUGGCUCUGGAAAAACUACACAGAUCCCACAGUUCAUGCUGGAUGAGUGCAGCAGGAAUGGAGAUCCCUGCAGGAUCUUCUGCACUCAGCCCAGACGCCUGGCUGCCAUCGCUGUGGCUGAGAGAGUGGCAGCGGAGAGAGGAGAGAGUGUGGGCCAGACUGUCGGUUAUCACAUCAGACUACAGAGGAGGGUCUCGCCUAAGACGCUGCUGACCUUUUGCACCAGUGGAGUGCUCCUCAGAACAUUGAUGGCUGGAGAUGCCAGCCUGACAACUGUCACACAUGUCAUUGUGGAUGAGGUGCAUGAGCGUGAUGGUCUGACUGACUUCCUGCUCACCAAGAUGCGGGAUGUGCUUCAGAAGAUUCCCACUCUGAAACUGAUCCUGUCCAGUGCAGCUCUGGAUAUAGACCUGUUUCUUCAGUACUUUGGCUCCUGCCCUGUUAUCCACCUCAUAGGAAGACAGUUCGAAGUGAAGGAAUUCUUUCUGGAAGACAUUUUGAAGCUGACAGGCUUUAACAAUAAGGACAUGAAGAAAUACAAAGAAGAGACACAGAGAAAGGAGAAGAAGCAGAAGUGUUUGACGGAGUGGUGUAAGGCAGUGGAGGAGGAGAAACAGAGGACCCCUGUGUCUGCCCUGGGCUUCCUCCAGGAUAGCAGCUCCCUGGACAGAGGGGACAGCACCUUCAACAAGCUGGCUGAGAAUGACACAGAACAGCUGGAGCCGUGGCUGCUGAAGGAGAUGGACUCAUGCAUUUCCAACAUUUUCCUCAAUGAAGACCAGGAUGCUUUUAUUCAGCUCUUCAAACUCAUCCUCUAUGAAAGUGUAAACGUGGACUACAGGCACAGUGACACAGGGGCCUCUGCUCUGAUGGUGGCAGCAGCUCAAGGGUUCCUCACACAGAUGGAGCAGCUGCUCAGCAUGGGGGCAGACAUCAACAUGAAGGCAUCCAAUGGCUGGACAGCCUUAGACUUUGCCAAACACUUCCAGCAGACAGAUGCUAUGGAUCUACUCAAAUCUUCCAUUCCUCUGGGAGAGGUGAGCAGCCUGGAUGAGUCCACUCUGAUGCAGUGUGGCAGUGCAGAGCUGAGCCCUGAAGAGCAGGAGCUGCUCAAGCUGUACCACCACAGCUUUGACGAUGAGCGGGUGGACCUGGACCUCAUCAUGGAUCUGCUGCACAACAUCUGCUCCACCACCAGUGAUGGUGCUGUCUUGAUUUUUCUUCCUGGAUAUGAUGAGAUUGUGACACUCCGGCACCGCAUCAUAUAUGACGAUAAGAGAUUCUCCACCCACUCUGAAAGGUACCAGGUGUUCACUCUACAUUCAGACAUGCAGACUCUGGAUCAGAAGAGAGCCAUGAAGAACACUCCACCUGGUAUCAGGAAAAUAAUUCUUUCUACAAACAUUGCUGAGACCAGCAUCACUAUCAGCGAUGUGAUCUUCGUCAUUGAUUCAGGAAAGGUCAAAGAGAAGUCCUUUGAUACCCUCAGUCAUGUCUCCAUGUUAAAGACGGUUUGGAUCUCGAAAGCCAGCGCUUUGCAAAGGAAGGGAAGAGCCGGCCGCUGCAGACCAGGGAUUUGCUUCCGCCUCUUCAGUCGACUUAGGUUCAACAACAUGCUGGAAUUCCAGGUUCCACAGCUGCUGCGGAUGCCACUGCAGGAACUGUGUCUGCAGACCAAACUGCUGGCCCCCUCCUCCUGUCCAGUAGCUGAGUUCUUGUCCAAAGCUCCACAGCCUCCUGCUGCACAUGCCAUCAGGAACGCUGUGCAGAUGCUAAAGACAAUAGAUGCUAUGGACCAGUAUGAAGACCUGACUGAUCUGGGCUACCACCUGGCUGAUCUCCCCGUGGAUCCCCACUUGGGCAAGAUGGUGCUGUGCGCUGUGGUGCUCAAGUGUCUGGACCCCAUUCUAACCAUUGCCUGUACACUGGCCUACCGAGACCCUUUCAUCCUUCCCGCUCAGGGAUCUCAGAGAAGAGCUGCACUACACAACCGCAAAUGUUUCACCUCCACCUCCUUCAGCGACCACAUGGCCCUGCUGAGAGCCUUCCAGGCAUGGCAGAAGGCCCGCAGUGAAGGCUGGGAGAGAUCCUUCUGUGAGAAGAACUUCCUGUCCCAGGCCACCAUGGACAUGAUACUCGGCAUGAGGACACAGCUGCUGGGACAGCUCCGAGCCAUUGGUUUCGUGCGAGUCCGUGGGAGCAGUAACAUCCGGGAUGUGAAUCGGAACUCUGAGAACUGGGCCGUGGUGAAGGCAGCUCUGAUGGCUGGCAUGUAUCCAAACCUGGUCAAUAUCAACCAGGAGACCUCCCUGCUCUCCUGUAACCGGGAGAAGAAGGUCCACUUUCAUCCCACAUCUAUCCUGAGCCAGUUCAAGGAGAACAGCCCAGCUAAAUUGGCCCAGGCCCUUCCCACAGACUGGUUCAUCUAUGACGAGAUGUGCCGAGGCCACAGGAUGGCCAGUGUCCGCUGUUGCUCCAUCAUCACUGCCAUCACUGUGGCUAUAUUUGGAGGGUGUGCCAAACUACCCAGCUCUGCCCUGCAGGAACCUGCUGCACAGACAGCUACUGACAGUCCUCCGGUUGACCUCAGUGACAGUGAGACAGAGGACCUAGCUGAGAUGAGGAUAGAUGACUGGCUCAUCUUUCAAUUGGACAAAGAGGCUGCAGGACUGGUGUUUGACCUGAGGCAGAAGUGGCAAAAUUUGUUCAUCAAGAGGAUCCGUUGUCCUUCAAAGCCUUGGUCUCAACAAGACGAGGCCGUCAUCCAAACCCUGGUUUCUGUGCUCGCGGCAGAGGAACAAGCGGCAGGCCUGCAGCAGCCCACAGGGAUUGGCCAGCGGCCCCGGCCCAUGUCAUCAGAGGAUUGGCCCCAGGCUUCAGUGGAGAGCUCCAAGAACAGCCCCCAACUUCCCACCAACACCAGCAAUGACAAGUCUCGUAGGAUGCCAGCCUGUAGGAGCCUUCUACAGGGGAAAGGCCAGCACAGAGAGGAGGCCUCACUGCCCAUCAAGCAGCUCUCUGAUGAGCCUCACUCCUCCAGCAGCUCCUCCUGCUCUGUGACCCUGGACAGUCCCUCUUACAGCCCCUGUCCUUCCUCCUCAGGAAAGCAGACCUCAAAGCCACCGUCCCCCCAGCUGGUCUUCUCUUCAGUGCGGUACUUCAUCAUGAAGAGCAGCAAUGUGAGGAACAUAGACAUUUCUCAGCAGAAAGGUAUCUGGUCCACCACACUAAGCAAUGAGACCAAACUCACCAAGGCCUUCCUGGAGAAGAAGACUAUCAUCCUCAUCUUCUCUGUUCAGGGCUCUGGACACUUCCAGGGCUACGCCUGCAUGACAUCAGUCAUCAGUCAGGAGAGCUGCCAGGACUGGGGCUCCAUGGGACUCGGAGGGGUUUUCAGUGUUGAGUGGAUCCACAAGGAGAGUCUUCCCUUCCAGUGCUCCCAGCACAUCCUCAACCCGUGGAAUGACAACAAGAAGGUCCAGAUCAGCAGGGACGGACAGGUGAGAGGACGGUGCUGCUGGUCUAGAUACAAGUCAAAAAGUGACAGACCCAACCAACAAUGCAUAUUUAACAUCACACACGCAUAUGUAGAAUAGGACUGAAACUGUCAAAACUAAGCUUGACAAGAACAGUAUAAACUGGUCAGAGCCAUUUGCAUUUGUUCAGGGUGAUGAUUACAGAAGGAAUUCCAGGUUGUUUGUAGAUAUUUUUACAGGUCUUACUAGCGUCGACCUGGUGGCAGUAGCUGUUAGGACUGGUGAGAGGGCUGAAGGAGGUCCUGCUUGAUCACUGAGUGUACUGCUCUUUGAGCUGAACCUAGUUAUGCUAUUUCAUAGAGGCUGUUUCACUACAUGAUCCAAGCUGUUACGCUGUGCCAACGUGAAUCAUGUGAGGCCUCCCAGUGGCAUCCUGCUCCCAGCAGAGAACACAGUCAACAGAAAUAAUUCUGAAGACUAAAUCAUAACUGAAAUACAGGAGAACAAGGGGAUCCUCCACACACUUUAAUACCUUGUCCCAUAGUGGAUGGAGCAGGGUGCUCAGCCACAUCCAUAUAUUAUCUCUUUCACAAUUGCUCCUCAUUUAUUGCAGUCAAUUCCUGUUUUCUUUUUUUUUCUUUUUUGUUCCCAUGAGAGGGAAAAUGGAAUAUGAGUUUAUUUUUGAGCAUUGCAUGUGGCUGGGUUUAACACCUCACCUCUCAUGGUUAUGUCAGGUCCUCAAAAUGUUUCUGAGCACAGGAUCUGGGCUGGGGUUAGUGGAGGCUAGCUCCUGAGGAACUUUGAGCUGUUUUCCUUUACCAGCCUCUGGUAUAGAAAGAGAUAGCACCCACAGUCUAAUGAAGCAGCUAAUCAUUCUCUCCUUUGAAAUAAGUACAUCAUCAACACGCAGCAGACCAGCUGCAGGCACCACAGUCCUGGAGGGCCGAACAUCUCCAUACCCUUGAUGCCAUGUCUCGACCCUGGAUGUGCUCCUGCAUCUCACCACCUACCUAAACGUCUCACUGCCGGCUGCUGUAGGGAUUGGCUCCUCGUCUUCAUGAUAUAUCCCUCACAAUUGAAAUAGUCCUUGAUUUCUCUGGCCUAGCCCUCUUUACGUUGGUGUUCAACUAACCAUCAACUCUGACUGUUUCAGCUCCAAGCAUCAUGAUGUAGACACAGAGUCCUCCUCCUCUGGUCCACCAGAGUCCUGCUCUCUGUCCUGAUG